AUGGCAAGCACCGGUUCUCAUACAUACUUCCUCGGCCUCGCCGCAUAUGGCUUCGAUGCCUUGUGGGGCUCCAUGAUGCGCAAUGGCGCCGUGCAAGCUAUUGGAGCCAUCAAAUCAACGGGAAUUCUUCCCAGCGGCGACAGUCUGGUUACCAAUAUGACGGGAGUUCCGUCGUUGGAUGGGUUUCUUUUGUCUCCGGUAAUCUUCUACGAUACCCUGAUGUAUGAGAGGCAUCCAGUGCAUCGAUCCCUACUGGUUUCUCUGUUCACCAGCAUGCAAGCGACUGCCAUAGGGAUGUUGAUUAAUGGAAUCAACAUCGAUAAAAAUGUAAAUAUUUGGUCUUUGGUAGAGCACACAGCCUGGGGAAUCUUCAAUCAAGCCUAUGGCGCUGCAUUUGUUUACCCCUUGUAUUGCCUUGCCACCGUUUACAAAGCCGUCCAGUCACCAACUGAAGGGGUAAACGAGAAGAAAGAGUCUGGAGAAAAACAUUUGCCAGAUAUCGCCGACCGCGAAGCAAUAGUAUACACCAGCAUUGCCAUCGCCGCCGCACCCCUAUGGCUUCUUUAUCCAGCGUUUUUUCAGUGCAGUAGCAUAACUCGCCAGCUCUUGAUAGCCAGUUACCGUGUCUCUCCCGCUUUACUGGCUUCGCUACAUCCUAUUUUGGCCUUCAUCCUACGUCGGCUAUGGCCUGAGAAAACAGUUACAGCGGAUAAGGCUCAUUCUCAAAAAUUGGUACAAGCUUCAUUGCUAGUCGGGGCUACUACAGCGGCUCUGGGCCAUCUAUAUGCUAUACUGACAGGAAUACUGUCCCAUCGCGCAUCCUUCGCUCAGGUAUUCUUCCCGUGGGCAGCUGGGACUGGGCUAAAAUGGAGCGCCCAGCAAUUCCUACAAAAGGAUAUCUUUGUCAUAAUUGCCACUCUGGCCCCUUAUUCAGCUCUCCUGCUACGUCCUAAUAGUGGGAAUGUUCCCACGGAGAAAGAAUCGGCCCGCAAGAGGUGGACGGAGCGGAUCUCCAACAUGAACUUCAUGCCGCGAGUGGUGGUUUUGACUGGGCUUGCAUUCAUUUUUUCUCCUGGGUUUGUAUAUAAUUUGUCGAUGGCGUAG